UCUCUUAUUCUUCAGUUGCGCGUCACCCGAGCGGAGAUCAGACGGUCGCCUCGGUUCUCCGGUGUGUUUAUUCGUGAGAAGCGGCUCAUAAUGCGAGGUUUAUCUGUUCUUCAGCUGCUGCUCGUGACGCUGAGCGCGUCUUUGGCGGGCUCGAGAGAAGCGCGGGAGAACGGCGGCGGGAAUUUCAUGGAAGACGAGCAGCAGUGGCUCUCAACGGUCCACCAGUACAGCCGCACCGUCAAACACUGGAACCGCUUCAGAGACGAUGACUACAUCCGUACGCUGGAAGGUCCACAGGCUUCUGAUGAAAGUCUGGACACCACGAAGGAUCCGUGUCAGAAGGUGAAGUGCAGUCGUCAUAAGGUGUGUGUGGCUCAGGGAUAUCAGAGAGCCAUGUGUGUGAACCGCAGGAAACUCCAGCACAGAAUCAGACAGUCCGGACCGAAGCCUAGUGCUAACAGCUGUAAACCCUGCUCAGCGACGCCCUCCACGCCUGUGUGCGGAUCAGACGGACACAACUACGCCUCGCAGUGUAAGCUGGAGCAGCAGGCGUGUUUGUCGGGGAAGGAUCUGUCCGUUCUGUGCUCUGGUUCAUGUCCUUGUAUCGGUGCUGGACUUCCUAAAGCAGAACCCAAGAUCAAGACGAAUCCAGAGACGUCACCCGAGCCCAAACCAGAGGUCUGUACCGGUCAGGAUUUGGCAGAUUUGGGCGACAGACUCCGAGACUGGUUUCAGCUUCUACAUGGAAAUGCUAAACAGAACAACUCUGGAAGACAAAGCACAGCGUCAGUGUUUGACCGGGGUCUUGUUGCCGGAUGUAAGGACUCCAUCGGCUGGAUGUUCUCAAAGCUGGACACCAGUAAUGAUCUGUUCCUGGAUCAGUCAGAAUUGGCCGCCAUAAACCUGGAGAAGUAUGAAGUGUGCAUCAGGCCCUUCUUCAACUCGUGUGACUCCUACCGUGACGGAAAGGUUUCCACGGCAGAAUGGUGCCUGUGCUUCUGGAGAGAGAAACCUCCAUGUUUGGCUGAAAUCGAGAGGAUCCAGAUACAGGAGGCGUCUAAGAGGAAACCAGGCAUGUACAUCCCCAGCUGCGAUGAGGACGGCUACUACCGUAAGCAGCAGUGCGACCACAUCCGCGGCGAGUGCUGGUGCGUCGACCCUCACGGAGCCGAGGCCACGGGGUCACGUAUCCACGGAAACCCCGACUGCGACGAGCUGCUCAGCUCCGGAGAUUUCAGCAGCGGCGUGGGCUGGGAGGACGAGGAGGAGAAAGACGCCGACGAGAACGCAGAGGAAGAGGAGGAGGAGGCCGAGCCGGGAGAGAGCGACGACGGCGGAUACAUCUGGUAAAACACCUUUGACGUCCGUCAUCCGGCGCACAGAACAAACCACCUGAUUUAUCGCUUCCUGAAACAUUCAACCAGCAUUUGAGUUUGCAUUUCAGUGUUUUUUUAGUUUAACGGAUGCAAGAUUCAGAUGCAAGAAAGACUCAAACUCUGCAACCCGGGAGACACGAAAACCUGGAGUUUGAUGCAUCAUCAUCAUUAACGGGGUUAUCACGGUUUAUCUGAGCUGAUUUAUGCAACCGAACUUGUUGGAUGUGGUUUCUAAACCUCUGGAGAUCAGGUUUACACUCACUGUACAGACGUUCAUUCGUGUGAAUGUGAAUAUAAUCAUGAGUUUCAGCUUCUGUCUCUGUAAAAACAACACAUCCGCUCCGACACGCUAAAGGUGAUAAAUUAGAUGAAUUUAUAAAGCACACUCCCUAAAUUAAGGCUCAGACACGACAUAUAUGUGACGUUUGCUCUCUGGAGCAGCUAAAAUACUCUCAAAAUUCAUUCUCCAAUUCUCUGAAUUUAUGAAAUUGGAUUUUGUGAAUAUGAAUAAGGUUAUGAGUUCAUCAAUUGUUGUUUGUAAAUAUAUCAACCUCUUUGUGAACUAGCUUGUAUUUAUUUAUAUAUGUAUAAUUUAUAAGUAAUGUAUUAAUAGGUGUGUAUUUAUUCUGAAUAUAGAGUUUCGAACACAUUGACAAACUCACAACCUCUUAAAUAUUCAUAAAAUAUGAUUUGGAAAUGCAAAACCUACUUUAUACAAAUAUGUUUGUGUAUUUCUGAAGGAUUCUUCAUGAACUUAAGAACUGACCGAUGUUUAAUUUUAUUACAAGUUGUAAGUAUACAUUUAUAAUUUAUAAGUAAUGUAUUUAUUAUAAAUAUAUAUUUGCAAACAGAAAUUGACACAUCAAAAUACAUUAAAAUAUAUAUAUAAAAAAAAAUAUAAAAAAUAUAUAUAUAUAUAUAUAAACAGAUAACAGUUUUUUUUCAAAAAUCCUGCUUUUUAUUAUAUUAUCAUGUUUUUAUUGUUUUAUUUUAUUGUUUUAGUAAACUGUAUUUUUUUUUAAAGUUAUUUUUACUUGAUCAAAAUAACCCAACUGCAGUUUGAUUUAGAUUAAAUGGAAUGCACAAUAAAAAAAAAAGUUUUUUGAAAAAUGUUUAAAAAAGUUAUCUUUUUUUGCAAAUAAACUUUAUGUAAAAUAUUAUAUAAUAUAUAUAAAAUAUUUACAAAAUAUUAUUUGCAAAUGCAAAGUUAACUUUCACAAACUGCAAAACCUAAUUAUUAAAUGCAGUACAUGUUUGCAUCUUUCUGAAAGUUUCUACAUCAGUAUAAAUAAUUUUUUGUGAAUGUGAAUUAGUGUAUAUUUAAAUUUAUUAAAUAUAUAUUUAUAAUUCAUAAGUAAUGUAUCUAUAUCUGUAUCUAAGUAUAAUGUAUCUAAAUAUACAUUUGCAAACAAAAAUUGACAAACUCAAAACCUAAUUCAUAUUCACAAGAUUUUAUUUGCAAAUGCAUUUUUUUUGUAUUUUUGUCUUUCUGAAAGUUUCCACAUUUGAAGUUAUUGUAAAUAUAUAUUUAUAAUUUAUAAAAUAUUAAUAUUAAUUAGUAUAAAUAUUUUAAUCUCAGUCCUUUCUGAUUAAAUAAAGAUUAAAUAAAAAAAAAAUAAUUAUGUAUUUAGAUAUAAAUAUAUUAGUGCUGUCAAGCAAUUAAUCGCUAUUAAUCACAUUCAAAAUAAACGUUUUUGUUUACAUAAUGUAUGUGUGUGGUGUGUAUAUUUAUUAUUUAUAUAUAAAUACACACACAUGCAUGUGUAUAUUUAAGAAAAAUGUUACAUUUACAUAUUAAAUAUAAUAUAAUAUAAAUGAUAUGCAUAUAAAUAUAUGCAUGUAAAUACAUUUUCUAAAUAUAUUCCGUGUGUGUGUGUCUUUGUGUAUAUAUAUAUAUAUAUAAUAAAUAUACACAGUACACACACAUAUAUUAUGUAAACAAAAAAUAUUGCAAAACUUGAUUCGUAUUUACAAAAUAUGAUUUGCAAAUCAUAUUCAAAAUUUUAAAUUUACAUUCACAGAAAUUCAAAAUCUAAUCUUGUGUAUUUCUGAAAGUUUCUACAUGAUCGUAUAUUUUUGUGAAUGUAAUUAGUUUACACUUUUGUGAAUCAUAUUUUGUAAAUGCAUUAAUUUUGAGAUUAUUUUAGCUCGAUGUUGCUCUGCAGAUCAAAUAAUUGCAAAAGAAUCAAUGUAGCAAACAGACAAAUGACUGAAAUGUAAUGAACUGUACUACUAUAAUCCACGAUGACUCACAACUGACAUGUUUCGCUUUGACACUCGUCUCUGAAUCAGAACUGACUCCGGUUUGUUGAAUGUCCAGUUUGACAUGAAUGUGUCUUUGAUUGUUUAUUGAGGCCUGUGUGGAAGGUCAAAGGUCAUUUUUGCUAAAACAAAACCUGAGUUAUUAUGUAAAUGUUCUCUUGGCUUUAUUUUCCGUAUUGCAUGAUAGUUCACAACAGAAAGCUCUUUUAUCGGCUCUUUCUCUGUAAGACGGCAUUGAAAGCGCGACGUGCGAUGUUGAGAUGGUGGCGCGACGUCGGCUCUAGAUCUGUGAAAUAAAAUGUUGUAAAUAACUGA